AUGUCGGAACCCGAUUCUCGGGGGAAGCUUAGCACCACCGUCAAAGCGACUGUGCGUCGGUUGAAGGCGGAAUGCAAGGAAAUAUGGCUGGAUCUGGAGAACAAGGAACAGAUGCAGUUUUUCUGGCCGGCAAACACUCCGCUUGAAGUGCAUGAGCUCGUUGGACCAGAGAGGUUCGAUGCAUCUUCACCAAAGUAUCAAAUGCCGUUCUUUUGGAGUAGCACGGGUGUUCCAGCAACUCCUUCCUGGGCGAUGAUUGUUUGUCUUAUUGAGUGUGCCUUUGGAUUAUUCGGUUACACUUUAAACGUCCUACACUUUCUAAUAAACAUAUUCAAUUGUGAAGACAAACAUCUGCCGGUGUUUGUUUUUGUCGCAACUAUUGGACAAUAUUCUAUAUUCUAUUCUUUCAAAGUCCUUUUUGUCAUUGCGAUUCUGGAACGGAGGGCACGUUUACUCCUUGUUCAAUUAUGGUUUCAAUAUGCCACUUGUGUAUUUAUACUGAUAGAUUCGGCGUUUGCAUUAGCAGCCGAUUUCGGUGGAUACCAUGAAGAGAAAGUUUACUGCCGAAAAGAUCCACCACUGAUUCGGAUUGUCGCUAUAACGUCUUUGAUUUUUCUCUUUGUACAACUUUAUCUUCGAGCAAUGACUGUGCCUGUUUACAAUUUCUUAUCAGACAGGACGAAAUUCAAAAAAGUAUAUCAGAAUUCAAGAAGUCGCUACAGAAAACGAGUAUAUUUCUCAUAUUGUUCAAUGAUGCAUGAAGAUCUCAAAAAGGAGAAUCAAGAGAAACGUAGCGAAUCCCGUAAAUGCAGCAUACGCAGAAAGCAGGAAGAAGCCUUCAAGAAACUUCAGCUUAAACGAAAUAUCACGCAUAUUACAAUUGAAGAUGAAGAAUCUUCAACAGAGUCCGCAACGACAUCAGCACCAGCUGUGGCGGCAGCGUUAAUUUACGGAACACCAUCAUCGUCACUGUCUAACGUGACAGUGAUGUCACGAGAAAAUCCCGUACAAUUUCUCAAUCUCGGAAAGCGCAAACCACAACCGAUGAGAAAGCGACCGGUUAAGAAACGAAAGUAUUUCGAGCAUGAUGAUGAUGAAGAACAGUUGUUAAUUCGAAAGCGUUCCCCUCAGAGGAGAAAGAAAGGGGCCAUUAGAGUGCAACUAGAGGUUGAUCGAGAAACUGCUCGUGUUCUGCUGAAGGACAAACUUCGUAAUGGAAAUGUUCCGAACGGAGGGUGUCGUUGA